AUGUUGAUUGUUGAAGGUAUACCUCCAUCUCGCGAAAUUGCAAUCGAAGUCGCCGUGAAUAUUGCUGGAGCUGCUCUGCGAAGGAGAUCGGGUGUCAUGGGAGGUCCACCAGCCGUCGAUGAAGAAAAGGGAAAAAAGAUCGUUGAGCAUGUCAAACGCUGGAUUGAGCACGGAUUUGAUUCGAAUGUCGCAUUGGUCAAGGACAUUGCCAAUGCAUAUUUCGAUCUUCUUCUUGGGGAUACCGAGCGUCGGCGGCAGAAUCUUGGCAUGGGCUGGCAGACCAGUUUCGUGAAGAACAACAAAGAAUUGUCUGAGCUUUUCAAAGAACCAAAAUCCGAACGAGACGCGGAAAAGAUACAAAGAGGGCACCGGAAUGAUAGCGCAGAAAGGUUCUUCUCGAUAUACAGUGAUUUCAAGCGCCGGCACCGGGUCACGAGCGAUGAUGUCCACGCCUUAGCAGAGGCUGCAUAUCAAACCAGCGUAUACAAGAAGCAUAACUUGGUGUUUGCUCGGCCGAGAAGAAGCCGCGGGCGAAUCGAAGAACGCCAAUUCUGUUCUGUCAUCCACUGUUGCUCGUCUCGAGGUAGACACCUGCUUCCUUACAUUGUCCGUAGGAGUAAAAAUCCUCCUCAGACCCGGGUGUUUCGCAGCAUUACAAUUUCGUCCAACGAGUCCGGCUGGGCCGAGCCUGCACAUGCAUUGGAUUGGCUAAGGAAUGUUUUCGAGCCCAAAACUCGACCUCCGCCACGAUCUGAUCACUCUCUUCGGUGGAGAAUCCUUCUGGUAUCUCGUGGGUUUAGUGUAAACCCGGAAUUUGAGCAAUAUUGCUGGCAAAAGAGCAUUCUUUGUCUUCCAUUUCCUCAAAUCGACCAGAAAUUCAUCAACCCAAUGGGAAACAUCGCUGUCAGAGCCAUGGGACCGAGUUACACAGACUUCAUGAUGCAGAAGUUUGUGGACAAGCAGAACGUCUCAAUGGAAGAAAACGAGUUCGUUAAAUGGAUACAAGACGAAAUCAAUUCUUCCAAACGAGCAGAGGAAGCGACGAAUUACUGGGAACAAAGCUGCCUUGUUCCACCAGAUAUAAAUCGUCUUCGCAACUGUUUGCAAGGGAAUCGACCCACGGCUGUGCCAGAUGAAACCGACUCAACUACGAGUACUGGCCCCAGAGUGAAUAGCGCACGCGCUCAAGUUUCCAUGACCCAGACACCUAGGACAUCAUGUACUCCAAUAGCAGCAUCUACACCGCGGACGAGUGUGCCUCUUCCCACCAUUGAGGUGAUAGAGAUGGGGAAGCGAGAUGAUAGUGUUGAGGAAUCAUCUUUGCAGCUUCAAGACAGCCUGCAAGAAGACAUUGACCCUUCGCGCACCGAAUAUCCCGAAGGCGACGGGUCAUCGGACAGGGAGGGUGAGAGUGAGAGCGAUACUGCCAGUGUCACUUAUGUAUCUCAACCGGCAACACCGUCACGAACACCAAGGCGCCCGAAAGCCACGCCCAAGACACCGAAAUCUGCCACAUCAAUGCCUAACAACGCAGAACAGUCUGGUUCAGUAAUGUCUUACGACAAAUACAUCGAAUAUUUAGAUGACUGUCUUGCCGAGACACCUCGAAAGAGGCAAAAAUUCCGGCAUCUGAUGACUGAUCGGGCACGUAUACAAGAGGAGAAUACUGAACUGAAAGCGAAGGUCGAUAUGCUCAGCCUGUUUGUAUCUAUGAAGAAGUAG